UCCUAAUUUUCCAUGAUUAUACCAGUACAUAGCAGACAGGUGAAAUAAAGUAGCCUGUUUCUUUAAUCCACUUUCUCUCUUCCCUGCCAGGACAGCUGGGCUCCUUCUGCCAGAGUAGCUCACACCACUGACAGCUCUGGGAAAGCAGAAAAAGGUGCAGCCCCUGUUCUACCUAUGGCAGCGUCUCCUGGACUGGAGGUGUUGAACAACUGAAGAAACUGGCUCCGUAAAACAUCAUCUUUCACCUUCCUCACUGAAAGGCAGUACAGUUGCAGUCCCAUCAGAGCAGAUUAUGGCUAUACUGAGCUCUGUGCAGAAUAGUUCUUGGCUUGGAUACAGCGACUCAGACAGAAUGGUAAUAGUUAAGAGUGGGCUAAACAAAGGAUUGACAGUUCCAUAUUGUUGCGGAUUAACCAGAAGCUGUACAAAGAAGACAGAACACAGCUUUCUGUGCUGACAAAGGCAAUUUAUGAUGUGGUGGAUGUGGACUUUAAAACAGUGUCUCAACAUUUCAUCCUCAACUGUCCCUUUUUAAUCUGAUUGCACUACAAAAGAAAAGCUGCUAAUGGGAUAAAUGUUGAGACGUUACAAGAACUGACUUGAAGUACCAAAAGCCAUUAUUAUUAAUCAAGAAGAGCUUGAAGCUAAGUCUGUAUCUGACCAGUCAGUAUCACUUUCACCUAACAGGCAUGGCAAGUAAACGAAAAUCAACAACACCGUGCAUGGUCUUAGCCAACGAGCAAGAUCCGGAUCUGGAAAUGGUAUCAGACUUGGAGGAAGGACCACCUGUAGUCACGCCAGCAGAUAGUAAUCCUACAGCAGAGAGCAUAGCAAGUGAAGAGGAUGUUCAUGAGAGUGUGGAUUCAGACAAUCAGAAAAGUACAAAUAAAGUAGAAGGUGGUUAUGAGUGUAAAUAUUGUACUUUUCAGACUCCAGAUCUCAAUAUGUUUACUUUCCAUGUGGAUUCAGAACAUCCCAAUGUAGUAUUAAAUUCAUCCUACGUUUGUGUAGAAUGCAAUUUUCUUACCAAAAGAUACGAUGCUCUCUCAGAACAUAAUUUGAAGUACCACCCUGGAGAGGAGAAUUUUAAGUUGACCAUGGUGAAACGUAAUAAUCAGACAAUCUUUGAACAAACAGUAAAUGAUCUCACUUUUGAUGGGAGUUUCGUUAGAGAAGAAAACGCUGAACAGGCUGACCCUUCUGAGGCCCCCUCCGCGGGGAUCUCCAUUAGCAAAACUCCUAUUAUGAAAAUGAUGAAAAACAAAACAGAGACUAAACGCAUCGCUGUUUUCCACAAUGUGGUCGAUGACAUUCCUGGUGAAGAGAAGGGAAAGGAAAAUGAGCCAAACUCCGAAGAAGCAGUAGAAAACCAACCAGCACUGGCAGUUUCUGAGUCCAAAGCGAGCCAUUCGGUUGUUUGCAGUGCAGCCGAUGUAGCUAGCACAGUUGUGACCCCAGUGAUUCAGCCUGGGAUGGCACAGGUUAUAACAGCUGUUACAGCUCCACAGAACUCAAACCUGAUCCCCAAAGUCCUGAUACCUGUAAACAGCAUUCCAACCUAUAAUACUGCUCUGGACAACAAUCCUCUUUUGCUCAACACCUAUAACAAAUUCCCGUAUCCAACCAUGUCGGAGAUCACCGUUCUUUCCACUCAAGCUAAGUACACAGAGGAACAGAUUAAAAUCUGGUUUUCUGCCCAACGUCUGAAACAUGGUGUGAGCUGGACACCAGAGGAAGUGGAGGAAGCAAGGAGGAAACAAUUUAAUGGCACAGUGCAUACUGUGCCACAGACAAUUACUGUUAUUCCGGCGCACAUUUCCACUGCCAGCAAUGGUUUACCUUCAAUUUUACAGACAUGCCAAAUAGUUGGUCAGCCAGGACUUGUUCUCACUCAAGUCGCAGGUGCAAAUACGUUACCAGUCACGGCCCCAAUAGCUUUGACUGUAGCAGGAGUCCCAAACCAAACCCAGCUACAGAAGAGUCAGAUUCACACUGCUCAGCCUAUCGCAGAAACCAAACAAGUCGCUGCCGUUCCAGCCCCUCAGCCUAUCAAAAAUGAAACUGCACUAAUGAAUCCCGAUACCUUUGGCAUGCGAGCAAAAAAAACCAAGGAGCAACUGGCAGAAUUAAAGGUCAGCUACCUUAAAAAUCAGUUUCCUCAGGAUUCAGAAAUUAGUAGGCUUAUGAAAAUAACAGGCCUGACGAAGGGAGAGAUCAAAAAGUGGUUCAGCGAUACACGCUACAAUCAGAGAAACUCAAAGAAUAACCAUGGGAUUCAUCUCAACAGUGACUCAUGUGCCACCAUCAUUAUCGAUUCAAGUGACGAAAUGAAUGAGUCCCCAACAGGAGUUGCUCCACAGAACAAGCCGUCCUGGAGUGCAUUUCCUGACUUCACCCCACAGAAGUUCAAAGAGAAGACUGCUGAGCAGUUGCAAGUCCUCCAAGCAAGUUUUCUUAAUAAUCCUGUCCUUACUGAUGAAGAGAUGAAUAGGUUAAGAGCCCAAACCAAACUUACCAGGAGAGAGAUUGAUGCCUGGUUUGUGGAAAGAAGGAAAUCUAAUGUCUUAAAGGAAGAGGGAACUGAGAUGAAUGAGAGCAAUGCCAGCAGCUCGAAAGAAGAAGCUGGAGAAACAUCUGCAGGGGAUGGAACAGCAGGGUCAAAAUCAGGGGGCUCUGCUCCAAGCAAAAUAGGCAAAAAAUCACCAGAGCAGUUGCACAUGCUUAAAAGCUCCUUUGUUCGUACUCAGUGGCCAUCUCCACAAGAAUACAACAAGCUGGCAGAAGAAACAGGGCUCCCAAGAUCAGAAAUUGUGAGUUGGUUUGGAGAUACUCGCUAUGCCUGGAAAAAUGGGGGAUUGAAGUGGUAUUAUUAUUACCAGAGUGCCAAUGCAAACAGUCUGAAUGGCCAGGGCUUCUCAAGGAAGAGAGGGAGAGGAAGACCAAAGGGGCGAGGAAGAGGGAGGCCUCGAGGGAGGCCUCGGGGAAGCAAGAGGUUAAAUUGCUGGGACCGAGGUGUGUCUGUCAUAAAAUUCAAAACUGGAACAGCAAUCCUGAAGGACUACUAUAUGAAGCACAAAUUCCUUAAUGAGCAAGACCUUGAUGAACUUGUAGCUAAAUCUCACAUGGGGUAUGAGCAGGUCAGAGAGUGGUUUGCAGAAAGGCAGAGAAGAUUAGAACUCGGAAUAGAGCUGUUUGAGGAGAAGGAGGAGGAAGAUGAAAUGUUGGAAGAUCAGGAAGAUGAAGAGGAAACGGAUGAUAGCGAUACUUGGGAACCCCCACGACAUGUUAAGCGUAAACUUUCAAAAUCAGAUUGAUGUGCAGUUUGGAAUCUGGGAGCCAAAAACCCGUGAAUUAGGCUUGAUGUUAUGGUGAAGAGCCAAACGAUUUUUCACGGCCUUCAGCUUCAGCAAGCACCUGCUUAGCAUCUUCGUUGCACCUGAAGGAACGUGGGCAAGAUGCUGUCUGCGCAGGCAACAGAUAUUUGCUUCCUUGCUACCAGAGAUGGACGUCCUCGGGCCUAGCUGAGCAUGUGGGGUUAUAAAUCAGCGCCAGUUCAGCUCCUCCUCUUCCACGUGACCAGUGGGAAGGUUCAUCGUUCACGUGACUGCUUCUCAAUAUUUAAUUGCCUUAUCUUGUUUAAUUCCAAAAAACAAACCACAGACACAUUUUUUUGUUGUUGUAGGAGAACAUUACCUGCUCGCAAAGGAGGAAAAUGCAAAAGCCUAAGAUGUCUUUUUGCAAACAUCACUUCACCUGAAAGGUUUCAAGGCCUGGGUUUAUUUCUUAAGGAAAGAAUUCAAAAGAGAAGGGGAAAAGUGUGACAAAGGAAUCAAUGAACAUAGGGCUACCUUUCUGCUCUCUGAUUGAAUGGGCUGCCUGAAUUGCAAGACGAUGUUCCGCUUGAAAGCCUUUUUCUGACCUUCUGAGAUUGCUAGAAAUACUGAUGUGUGUGACACAGUUUUGGUUAUCAAACUGUUUCCUGGCAUCCAAGACUCAGGUCAGUGAAACCAAGGCACAAAGCAGCCAACAGUGUGAUGCCUUUAUCUCUUGAUGCUUAUCACUGUGAGGACAAGCCUAGAAUCCCUCAGCUUAACUUUGGGGUGGGAGAGAAGCAGAGCUUUGUUGGCAGUGUUUCUCUGGAGUGCUGUGACUUUGGGUAAGAGAGAUCCGGGUUUCCAGCAUGAAUUGCUACAGUGACAAGGAAGUAGAGAAAGAGAUGCUGUUUUUAAAUUUAUGAAAAAAUUAAGGCUUAUCUUUAAACUGCUUGGGAAUAUGCUUUUAGCAACCAAAAUCUGGAGUUGCCUUAAAUCUUAAGGACAAGCCAGAAUUAAUUUUCUUUCCCCCCCAAAAAGACCCAAGAAACCUGUCUAAACAUCCCCAUUUUUGUUAGCAGAGACUUAGUGUAGGUUAUCACUGCAUCGAACCUUCUUUAGAAGAUGGGAAAAAUAAGGAUCCAAGUUAAUUAUGUGAUUAAACUGGGAAAUUUUCCAUUUUGGCAGUGUUCUGUUAAAUAACACUCAAUUAUAAUGGUAGGCCUUAGUACAUCUGAUCUCAAAAACACAGGAAGAGGAAAUGCAUUGUUUAUCAGACUAAAUAUAGUUGGAUUGGGUAUCUUCUUUCCAUAAAAUGGUCAGAGGGGAUGGCUGAUGUAUCUGGAUUUUCAAACACUGUAAACAUUACAGUUCUUUGUAUUCCAGUGGUUUUAACAGUAUUUGCAGCCCAUUGAAACCCCAUUUCAGAAUGCAGAUCUGAAUUAAACAAGCUCUGGGUUGGAUAAUGAGAGAUGCAGGGUACCCACAUUUCCUCUAGGCUAGAUGCACAUUGUAAGUCUUUCAAUUAUGCCAAGGGUGAGAAGAAUCUGGGUGAGUUCAGAUCUGAAAACAUCAGUUGUAUGCACUUAUUAUUACUUAUAAUCUGUUUUGUUUUAAAAGAAGAAUCCAUUAAUUACCAGUUUAUUUCAUGUUUACAGCAUGUAUGUAUUUGCACUGUGUACUGUGGGAGAGAGGGAGACACCUUCCAGAGGCCUCCUGCAUCAGAAAUGACAAGAAAAGCACUGGAAAGAGCUGUCAGCUGCUGGUGGCUGACAGGAUGGACUGCUUUGUCUGUAACUUGUGGUCGUGGCUGGUUGGAGCUCAAAACUGCUGGUGACUGUGGUUAGUCCAGAUUCAUCUCAUCUCAUGUUAGGCUGCUGUGCUCCUUACCAUGGUGCCCAAGGCAUACUGCAUAGUCUGAGUGAAAUAGAAAUUGUCGAGGGGAUACAGCACAUCUUCAUUCUCCCCCUGAAUUGAUGUGAGCAUCAGUUCCUCUGGAGCUAAAGUUGAGCUUUCUCUUUCAUCUGCUGUCUCUGCCAAGAGUACCUGAUGUUAUGAUGCUAGUUAAUGCUGUCUUUGAAAUACAGUUAACUGGGGAUGAAGGUAAUCCUUUGCUAGAGUUGAGAGGGAGAAGGGCUAAAAGCAAGCAAGCAGUGUCACAGCUGGUGAGCCAUCCACUGUCCUUGGCCACGGUGCUUCAUAGCAUGUUCUGCUCUUGCUUCUGAGUACAAUGGAAAGCACAGUUCUGUCUAAGUAAUGCUGGCUUCCCAGUGACACCCUUUUAAUAACCCCAAGAUUGGUGUGAGUUAGAAAGUCGGAGUUACUCUCCCUUGCUUUGAAUGAACUAAGGGAAUGCUUGUGUGGUGUGCAAAGAAGGGAAAAUGCAGAAUCUUGAAGAGACUGCCUGUUGCUUGCCCUGCAGAAUUCACUUACCUAGAACUUGCUGAGCAAAACAAAUGUCACUCUUGCUAUUUUGACAGAACAAGUGUUGCAGUCUUUCGUGUUUAGCAUGUGGAAAUUUCUGCUUUGAUUUGAAAGCAAAAGAAAGAUAUCUGGCACCUCGUGAUUAGAAUUUACUGGAUUAUCUCUAAUACACCUUAGUAAAUUAGGCCAUUUGAUUUUUCAGCUUUGUCCAAUAAUGAUUUUAAAACUUUAUUUUUUUUUUUCCACAGCAUUAUGUGCAGUAUUGUUUCUGUCUGUAAAUUUGAAGGAAACUCAUGAGAAUCCACACAUGGCAUGAAAUGUUUUUUCUCAUGCAUGACUUCCUGACUUUGGGCAAAAGCCUGUUUUCCUCCUGCUCACCAAGGCAGGCAAAUACACUCCCUUCUCCUCCUCAGAGCAGAAAAAGGACUUUUGAAGCCCAUGCAAAGCGAUUCACAGCGCAGUGCAGUCCCAAAGGCCAGAAAGCCCCAGCAUGCAGACAUUCUCCUCCUCCUUCUCUAUUUUCCUCUGAAAUGAGAGCACAGCAGUAACUCUGACAACUGGUCUCUGGCUGCUGAGUAAUAAGCUGUAGUUUAAGGUCAGGAGUAUUUUCCCUUUUGCACUUAAUGGAGUACUGUGUAUUCGAAUUGGAUCUCAGUGUUUGCUUUUGUAGAUACGACGGUCCCAAUUUGCAUCCUCCACCACCUCCUCCUCUCUGUAUAUUCAUAUCUCCCAAGGAGAGAAGAUAAUUGUUAAAAUUCUGUAAUGUUAAAUAUCCCUGCCCUUACCUGAAUACACACAAAUGUAGAGCGCAAUGAAAUAUAGUUGCUUUCUUUAAUUUAUUAUUUAUUGGAAGAUAAUUUUGCCUGCAUUUAGUAGUAAUGAAAAUAUAGUAUUGAUGAGAGAACAGUAAAACAGUUGAGAGGUGCUCACAGUGCCUGGGAUGAUCGUAUAAAUUCCGGAUGGGAAGGGCAAGUGCAGGGCUCGGUUCCCUGCCCUGAGCAGUGCUGCAUUAUGCCUGUGUUCUCCACCAGGCUUUUGAUAUCCUAGGGCUGAGUAGAUGUGGUAUGUGGCAUGACACAGACUUCUUAGGUCAAGUGACUUAAGGUUUGUGAUGUAUUAAAACUAGGUAGGAAAUGAAAGCUGUAGCAGAAGGAGAACAUUUCUAUAACUGUACGUGCUCAGUAGCUUGAAUUUGUGUAUUAUUAUCUCACUUUUGAAAAGGGAGGUUUUGAAGCACAGGCAGUUUGUAGACAAUAUUUUUGAGCUUUUGGGUUUUUUUCCUUCUGCAGUGAAGAGCAUCUGCAUUUUUUUUCAGUGGAUACUCAUUUAAAAAUGACUUAAUGCAGCAUUUAAAAUGUGGAAUGGUAACUGUGGAUCCCACGGCACUUUUCAUGAAUUAAGGUGGGAUUCACCUGAUUGUAUGUCGAUGUCUGCACGUGAGCAAGGCACCGCAGUAGCUGAUGGGUAUAGCUAACGAGUGCAUGUCAGCAGCUCAUCCUGACCGCCUACAAUCGAUCAGACGAGCUGCACCCUAAACUCCACUGACUGUUACAAGUGGCUGGCAGACACUGGAGCCAUCUGAAGUUAGGUGAGAUGCAGCCUCACCUUGGAGCGUGCUGGCUGGCUGGCAGCACUGGGCGUUGUGCCCCGUUAGGCGCUCCUUGUGGUUAGCCGUGGUUCUGUCCUCCGCUGCCCACCUGGUGCAUGUUGGGAGGUGUGAGGCCUUGCUUUGGUUUUGGUGGUUAUUCUAGAGCAGGCGGCACUGCAGUGGUGGAUAAAGUAACUGAUCCUUGGUUAAAGAACUGUGGCGUAAACAUGGCUUGGGGGUUUCUAAAGUUUUUGAGAACCUUACUAUAUGAACAUCGGAUUGUGCGUAUCUUAAAAUGUGGUAAGACAAGUAAGGCUUUUGUCCCCACUGAUCAAAGCAUUUCCUUACAUUUAGUCAGUAUUAGAUAUCUAUAAUGAAACUUAUUGUAAAGAAUCUGCCAGAAUGACGGAAGAUUCGAGUUGUCUUCAUUUGUGAUACAAAACAACCAACCACAAGAGCUCCACUACGAUUCGGAAAUGUUCCCCAUGCUUCCAGUUCCAGCUUACAGAAGCAUUUCCAAUUCUGCUUAGUUGGUUAUCUGCAUGUAUGCUUACAGUUUGUACAGAAAUGCACUAAAAAUGAGUUGCCCGACCCGGGAAGGCUUUAUAUUGUAUAGAAAAUGUGGCACUAGGUACUGCUCUUCAUGUGCACAGGAGAGUUAACAGGUGUCGAUCUCGUUUACAGAAAUGAUGGAGCUUUGCAAUUUUCUAUAAUACAUUGCAAUAUAUUUAAAUGUCCUGUUUGACAUGUGAAUUGAAAUUAAGUUAAUGCAUCGUUAUGUAUUUGAAUAUGAGGAAGACGAUUCACUAACGACCAGCAAGGUUUUUAGAAGGUGUCCAGUAUGUAGCAGUCUGUGUGAUCUGUCUGGUGUAUGUGAUGUUGUUAAAGGAAGCAACACUACUAGUAUCGUUUAGAAUUAAGAGUUUCUUACGAGUGAUGCAAUAGCUUACAGUGUCUUUCCUUUGUAGCUGCCCAAUGUGGUGAAGGGGAAGCAAUUGUUGAAAAAGUUCAAGAUAACUGGUUAACUGUGAAUGGGCCUAAUCUUUCGUGAAACCAAGAAAAUAUUUGGACACACACAGGACUUGAAUACUCAAAAGGAUUGGAACUUAGUGUUGUGCCAAAGUUAAACUACUGCAGUUGGCAGAAGUUCUGCACUGUAAAUAGAAGACUGAUUAAAAGACAGCUUGUAAAAAAGAAAAAAAGAUCAAAUUUUAAUACACUACGUUUUUAUUCUGAUACAUGAUGGAAACAUUCUGUUUUAGACCUUUUUUGAAGAGGCUUCAGUGACCACUAGAUUUUGUCCUCUUAUAUUUUGUUUGGCCUAAUACUAUAUGUUCUAGUAAGAUGGGCUUUACUGCCUGUGUUCUUUGAUACGUGAUUAAGCUUAUAGCUUUGAGUGACCAAACAUUUUACAGAGUAAAAGUUCUUAGAAACACUAUAACGUAACUGAUAUUUCUGUGUCUUAUUUAUCAGGCUCUGCACAAACUUGGGAAGUUGUGCUGGACUUGUACAACUUACAUGUGGGAACGCAGCACACUGCUUGGUAUUACAAAGCUAAGCCUUUGAGGCAGUACGGAUCUUGUCUUUGGAUUUAUUUUUGUUACUUUUUGAGGCAAUGAGAUGAACGGAUGCUGCUGUAAAAUAUUUGUAAUAUUGCCAUUAUUGCUUUCUGUAGCAACUACUGCUUUUGUUUCAACAGAUAAAGAAAAUAAAUCAGAGAUAGAAAAAUCCCAAAAGAAGCCGGUAGAAGAAAGGAUCACGUGGGAACUUCUGAAAAUAAACUUUGUACCAAAAAAUUUGAAAACAGAAAUAAUGGAAUAAAUGUCUCCUUACUGAC